ACAAUUCUUGCUUUAGUCGGCACGGCGGAAACACGUAUAGAACACUCCCGGCACAGAAAAAUUCGCGGUUUGGAAGACUUUUAAUAACAUGGCAGAACAAGAUACGAACGGCAGCGCCAAGAGAAGGGGAUCAAAAGGGGAGCGUCGCCGUAGCAAGCCGGACGAUGCUAAAGACGACAUAAAGAAAUUUAAAGAAAAUCUUCUGCAAUCUUUGACUAAUGGAGAUUCUAUUAUAUCGGAGAGUGGGAACGACCUAACUGUCCCACAGCAACCGAGAUCCCGUUCAGCUUCUAAAGCCAGGGAAGCGCUCUGUCUACCGGCGAAUGUUAUAGCUGAGCUCGAUGAUAAUAAAAUUUUCGAACUGAAAGAGGCGUUCUUACUAUUUGACAUGGAUGGCGAUGGUUGUAUCGACUUCAGUGAUCUUCGAGCCACCUUGGUCAGUCUUGGAGACAAGAUCGAUGAGAACGCUAUACGUAGCAUGCUUACUGAGGCACCUAACCCACUAGAUUUUGAUGGUUUUGUCAACCUUCUUGGAUAUCGCACUCUGGAGCUGGAUUCGGAAGAAACUCUUUUAUCAGCACUGUCUCGCUGGGACAAGAACAAUAGUGGACUGAUCUCGGAAGAUAAGAUUAGACAUGACCUGAUGACCUUUGGAGACAAGUUCACCGCGAAGGAAGCUGAUUAUGCUCUUGAUGAAGCUCCAUUGAUCGUACAAGAUGACGGCUCAACUAUGAUUGACUACGUAAAAUUCUGCAGAAAACUUGCAGGACUGAGGAAACCAACUAAAAUUGAAGUUAAGUAAGGACGAAGAAAAUCAUAAUUAUGUUUGCGAA